ACUCAACCUAGUUAGUUAACUAGUUAACUGGCCGACGCUGCCUACUCUCGCUGCAAGAGGACAACUUCCCCAGUCCAUUGUGCAUAUCUACCCGUCUACCUACUUCUCUUCCUUUGCACCACUCCCUCCUCCCCCUCCAUCCACUUUCCCACGACCUUCCUCCUUUGAUCGACUCUCCUCCGACACCUUUAUCGUGUGACGUGAUCUGUCUCCUUAGGCUGACUGUCUCCGGACACCCCUCGAUCCCCUCCAACCCGUCGCAACCCCAAUACAGACCAUGGCUGAUGAUACCGCCGCGGCCGAGGAUGCGCACAUCACUUUCAACGUGAAGUCAUCCAAUGAUGCUAAAUAUACACUCACUCUGCCAUCAUCAACCUCGGUCUCUGAUCUGAAAGAGAAGCUAGCGUCAUCGGAAUAUGCUGAUACCCCAGCUGAGCGCCAGCGUUUGAUCUACUCGGGCAGAGUCCUCAAAGACAAUGAAACCCUGGCAACGUACAACAUCAAGGAUGGACACACUAUUCACCUGGUGAAGAGUGCACCCAGCAACCGGCCCCCUAGUGGUGCUGCGACGACGACGUCAACAUCCGCACCUGGUGGUGCGGCUGCUACUCCUGCGGCUGCAGGCGUCCCCACGAAUCUCGCUGCCGGCACGGGCAAUAACCCGCUCGCGGGGUUGACGGGAGCCAGAUAUGCCGGGUUCGCGCAACUGCCAGGUGCAGGAAUGUUCGGGCCUGAUGGCGGGAUGGGCCCUCCUCCUGACACGGAAACCAUGCUCAACAUGCUCGAAAACCCUCAAUUUCAGUCUACGAUCAACGAAGCUCUGCAAAACCCCGCCAUGAUUGACAUGAUGAUCCAACAGAACCCCAUGCUGCGCGAAAUGGGUCCUGGCGUACGGCAGAUGAUGCAGAGUCCGGAAUUCCGCCGCAUGCUCACCGACCCCAACUCGAUACGUCAGAUGGUACAGAUGCAGAGAGCCAUGGGUGGCGGGGGCCUUGGUGGAGGCGCAUUUCCCGCUCCUGGGGUUACCAACACAACACCCGAGGAAAACAGAGACGCUCAGAACAAUACCGGUACCACGCCCACUCCUGGCGCCGCGUUCAACCCUUUUAUGCCGGCCGGUCUCGGCGCUGGAAAUCCUUUCGCAGCCCUUUUUGGAGGCAAUCCCAUGAUGGGCAACCCUGCUGCAGGAGCGACUCCGUCGGGCGCUUCACCCACCGCUGGCGGAACUCAACCGGACAGCACCGAGCGAGCCGCUGGGGGUGAUAACGCUACGGGACAAGGACAGAACCAGCAGGGCUUCCAGAAUCCGUUCAGCAUUUUCAUGAACCCAGCGCUCUUUGGCGGCCAAGGCGGUCAGGCUGGUGCGAACCCUUUCAAUCCGCAACAGAAUCCUUUCCUCCGGGACCCAGCACUGCUGCAACAAUGGAUGCAGAACCUAGGUGCCGCACCGGGAGAAGGAGGCGCGGCUGGUACCAAUCCUCUGGCGGCACUGUUUGGUGGUGGAUUUGGCAGCCCCCCUCCGCAGGAUAACCGGCCCCCCGAGGAACGGUAUGCAGAGCAGCUUCGUCAAUUGAACGACAUGGGAUUUUUCGAGUUUGAGAGGAAUAUCGAGGCUCUUCGCCGAGCAGGAGGCAGCGUGCAAGGGGCAGUGGAGUAUCUAUUGAGCCACCCCUCUUAAAUCACGCCUUAAUCCCGACCGUGAUGAGUUGCAUUAUUGUUUUUCUUCCUUCGGUUUUUUCCAGUUGAUUUAUAUCCUUUAUUGACCAUGCAUUUCUGCGUACGUGUCAAUGAGGGAUGACCCUUAUUAUGUAGCAAAUAUCCUCUCAGCCUAGUUGCACGGCGUUACUUUAGCAGGAAUCAUGACAGAUCACAAUCGCAAGCGGAAUGGUAAAUGGCCAGAACCCCGACCGUAGUAGUAGUAGUAUCUAAGCAGUUAGACCUCUCUCGAGGCCCAAGAUCUUUCCUACUCGUUAUAUAUGAUCGUUUCAUUUCCCUUAUCUUCUCUAUUCUCUGU